GAAUUUUACUGAAGCUUGAUUUACUGCCUCGACUUUGAAAACAGUGUGGGCUGGACAAUGGUAUAAAAUGUCCCUUGUUAAUGGAAUAGUGCACUAAGAUAAACUUUCAGACACUGAGACAAAAGCUACUGCAGGGAGCAGACGGUGUGCUAAUCACACAUUCUUGUGGUAAAAUCAGAUGUUGAGAUAUAGCCACUGACUCAUUAUCUUCUAACACCAAAUAUCUCAAUCCAUGCGUGGGCUUCAGUCCAACCCGAAGGGGGAGAGAGCCUUACCAUCAAGAGCAACCGAACAUUUCCUGCAUUUGUCAGUGCAACGUGGGCUGUGAGACAUAGGAAGCAAUACAGAGCCUUAUCAUUGAGUCACAGAAGGAAAACAAACUCUUGGCAACAUUACAUAAAGCCAGUGAACUGUCAGGAGAAGCAGUAACUCUUUUUUUCCCCCGAAUGCAUGACCAAGCAAUUGAAUAGUCAAAGAACCAGAGACAGAAGAGAAGUUGGUUACGGUCUGGAAUCUUUUCCUAUUCUUCUUGCCCCUGCACAUUCCCAGUUUUAUGAACAGUUCACUUGCAGUUGGAAGCCUUCAGAAUGCUAUCGAGCUACUUGUCAUUUGUGAGUUGUGUUUGUGUUUUCCUGGCUGUGUCAGGGUUCAGCUCCUACAAUAAAGCAACAGAAAAUUUAGAGAAGCACCAUCAUCAGAUUCAGCAUGGACCGUGCAGCUACACAUUUCUGCUUCCAGAGAUUGAGAACUGUCAACCUUCCGCCAAUUACCACAUGUCCAACUCACUGCAAGGAGACGCUCCUCCAGUCGUGGAACCCAACCGGUCUGUAAAGCGGUUGCAGCAACUUGAGGGCAUCUUGGAAAACAACACACAGUGGCUGCAAAAGCUUGAAAAUUAUAUUCAGGACAGCGUGAAGACUGAGAUAGUGGAGAUCCAGCGAAAUGCGGUGCAGAACCAGACUGCAGCCAUGUUGGAAAUAGGAACUAAUCUCCUGACUCAAACUGCAGAACAAACUCGCAAGCUCACUGAUGUGGAAACACAGGUUCUGAACCAAACAUCACGGCUUGAAAUCCAGCUGCUGGAGAAUUCGCUAUCAACAAACAAACUGGAGAAACAAAUCAUGGUGCAGACUCAGGAAAUUACCACACUCCAUGAAAAGAACAGCUUUCUAGAGAAGAAAGUCUUGGAAAUGGAAGGUAAACAUGAAGCUGAGCUUCAAUCAAUAAAAGCGGAGAAACUGCAGAUGCAGGACCUGUUGGUGAAGCAGAGUACACUUAUCGGGCAGCUGGAGAAGCAGCUGAAUGUAGCCACACAGAACAACAGUAUCCUACAGAGCCAGCAGCUUUUAUUAAUGGAGACUGUUCACAACCUGCUGAAUAUGGUUUCCCAUGGCAACGAAAUUCCACGGACUGCCAAAGAUCAAGUUGCAUUUAAAGACUGUGCUGAAGUGUACAAAUCAGGAUUUAUGACAAGUGGAGUCUAUACUCUAAAUAUCAUCAACACAACAGAAACAGUGAAGGUGUUCUGUGAUAUGGAGAUCAAUGGAGGAGGAUGGACAAUCUUCCAGCAUCGUGAAAAUGGGAACAUAGACUUUCACCGUGACUGGAGAGAAUAUAAACUGGGCUUUGGAGACCCCUCGGGAGAAUAUUGGCUUGGAAAUGAAUUUGUUCACCUUCUAACCAGCCAGUCUCCUCAUGUUCUCCGCAUUCAGCUGAAGGACUGGAAUGGAAAUGAAGCAUUUGCAACCUUUGACAAUUUCUUUCUGGAAAGUGAGGAGCAGAAGUAUCAGCUCCACAUAAAGGGUUACAGUGGAACAGCCGGGAGAACCAGCAGCCUCAGCCCCUCUGGUACAAAAUUUAGCACCAAGGAUGCUGACAAUGAUGAAUGUGGCUGUAAAUGCUCCCAGAUGGCAUCCGGAGGAUGGUGGUUUCAGGCCUGUGGCCCUUCUAACUUGAAUGGCAUGUAUUAUUCAGGCGGGAUGAACACAAUUCGCUUUAAUGGGAUCAAGUGGCACUACUGGAAAGGGUCACAUUAUUCCCUCAAGUCCACCACAAUGAUGAUCCGGCCUGUAGGUUUCUGAGCAAUGCAUCGGCAUUGCUUUUUGGAACAGCUCAUGGAAUUUGCCAUUCACAUGUACGGGAUACUCUGCAUCUGCCGCACAACCACUGAUUACAGUUUUUUAAAACUUGUUUAGCACACACUGGUGGGAUAUAAAUAUUAAAGGCUUUGCCACCAUAGCUAUGCACCUCCAGCCUGCAGUUUGCUAGAAAUUUUUUUUUUGAAAAAAAGCCUUGCUGCAUUUCUUCAGUGGUGAAAAGAUUGACAAGGACACUCUCGGCGGAAAGCUGAAAGGAGAAUAUUAAGUGACUUGCCAUUGAACUAGUUCAUGAAAUAGAAAAUCCCCUCGGGACUUCUCCUGUUCAACUCGAAUGAUGCAAAGAAUGUGUUGCCCAUUGACAUAAUCGAGAUUCAGGGCAAAGUAUAUUUGAAAGUCUUCAUUCUUUGUCAGCUGCCUUCAAUGCUGUCUCCAAUGCAUCAAGCUUCACAUCUGCUUUCUCCUUCAGUAGCUUUUGAAGCAUAAGACCAUUGCAAAAGCAAACCAUAGCAUAAAUGUAACAUGUUUAACUAUUUCAUGAGCAAAACAUAUUUUGUUGUGCUUCCCCAGUAAAGUCUUUGAGAGAAAAGGGAUCUUUGCAUAUUUACAUUCUUAUGUUUACCCAUCUGUGCCUCAUUCAUAUUUUUGGGGACUGCCUGUUUUCUGGGUAGGCUUAGUUACUACAGCAGCCAGCAUGUAUAGCUUGUUCCAAAAAAAAAUCCCAUUGUAUGUUGGCUGUCACUGCUGACUUGCAUUCUAACAGAUGUUCUAUUUGCUGCAUGCCCAGCUGUUUGUAUCACUGUGCUUUUGACAUCUUUGUUUCUUUUGUUUUCAUUACAAUGAUGAUUAAAUCUACUGUAUGUGGAGAGCCUGAUGCUGGACCUCUUUAUCAAAACAUGGUUAAAUAUCUUUCAGUGCAUGAAGUCUUGGCCACUUCGUUCUUUUGCAAUGAGUCUCUGCUGGACAAUUUACUGUGAAAGUUUCUACUGCAUGUAUUGGUACUGAGGAAGCCUAUCCAGUUCAACUGUGAUCCAGUAUUGAGCGAUUGUUGCUUUUGUAGUGCACAGCUCAUUCUAAAAUUGGUAAUUGUGCCUCUGACAAUUGCACUUUGUUUCUCAGAUUCUCAUCAAUCAAAAACCAAAAACUGGGAGAAAACACAAAGGUCAUUAUCAUGAUUAAACAUGGAAUGAAAUUCAAACUCCCCCCAAAAAAUACAGUUUCACUUGGGAUAGUUGCAUCUGGCUACACUCUUUUAAAUCAUGAUGUGGAGGAGCCACUGUUGGUCUAGGAUGGACAAAGUUAAAAAUCACACAACACCAGGUUAUGGUCCAACAAGUUUAUUUGGAAGCUCCAAAAGCUGGUGCUUUCAGGUAAACCUGUUGGACUAUAACUUGGCGUUGUGUGAUUUUUAACUCUCUUAAAUCAUUUAACUUUUGUCUGCACACCAGCCCCUUUGUUGUUACUUCUAAUAUGGGGUCACUGCGUUUUUAAAAUACUACUGAAUGUGGAACAUGCAUAAUUUGAAUACCUAACAGCACAUAAAUUGGAUAUCAUCCUAUGUGGCAUAUCAUAACAAUACCCAUAAGAUGUUAAAGACAAAUAAGUACUUUCUGUGAGAGAGAAAGAACAAACCUUGCAUGAGUUCCUAGAUCUUCUGAUUUUAUUCUUUUGAUCACUAAAAUCAAACCUACUGUUUCCAUGUUCCCUGCUGUUUCCAUUGUGAACUCUCCAGUACCAGGAUAGAACAAUUGGCCAACUUGUUGGCUCUGACUGCAAAAAUGCUGCAAGCUGUUAUGUGAGAGUGACCCAUGUAUUUUCUCGGCUUUACAGCACAACCUCUGGACAACUCGAUUUCCCAGCCUCUAUUCCCAGGCAGGUCCCUGCACAGAUGCAGGGUACUGAGAAUACGACACAGCUUGAAAUGAUUAAUUUUUUGCAAAAAAAGUUGAUUGGCAAGUGUUUAUUAACAUUUUUUAUAAGAUUAACAAUUCCACUGCCAAGUGUUAAUUAAGAAACACCAGUUUGUAAUUGUUCAUCUCUAAUUUCACACGGCCUCUCUGCACAGAGUACAACACAGAUGUGUGUUGGAAUACUGGAAUGUCGCUCCAAGUAAAAUAUAAAGAGUGUGCCAAUAGCAAUGGUUAAUCAUUAUAAACAGGUGGAGCAACAAUGGAUUACACAUCAUGUCUAAGGAAUGAUCAGAAAACCAAAACUGUGCUGAAUUAUACUCAUUCUGUCUGUAACAGAACCAAGGAAGUGUGAUUACCAGAAAUGAGAAUCUGUUAAAAUGCAUCACCACAGACCUAACCUAAAAGUGUGAUGAAGGACUUACUAAGUCAUCUGAAGCAUAAAGUCAAGAAUUAGGUUAUGCUUAAAGAUUGUUUUUUCUAUAUCAGAUUGUUGAAAUAAAGAGUACUACAAACAUUGAUUCAUUAGUCAUAAUUCUAACUAAUUUUAACUGAAUUAUUCAGUGUUUCCAGUAUAUUCAGAUAUUAGAAAAUAU